CCCAGAAGCUCCAGCUGGCACUCACUCUCUCACGCCUUGGUCCCGCUUGGAAACCUGUCAAAUCAAAAGCAGAUUUGCUCUAUUUACCAGCCUUGGAUAUCCAUCCUCAUAAUAAUUCUUGCCUUGUUGAAGAACAGCCUGAGAUUGAUACAGUUCGCCACCAUAUUUACCUGGACUUCCCGGACUCUCUCUUCCCUGGACCCCCUCUGGACAUCUGGACCCUCUUACUUUGUUUAAAUAAACACCGGAUACACUUCCCUGGACACAAUGACUAGCCGUCAAAAUGAGUACUUCAUUCCCGGAGAUGGAAUUAGCCGAGAGGUAAUCCAGGCCGAUAUCUGCCGUUACCUUGGAAAUGAUGCAUUAGUAAGACCUGGAAACCAUAAUGGUCGUGGAGGAUUUUUUAUUCGGGCUUACCGAAAUCUCACAUCAGAAAUGAUUGCUGAUCUCAAAGCCGAUUCGGCUCGAUGGGAGGCAGAUGUGAGAAGUCGGGCUGACCAAGGCUACCCUCGAGGUAGUUACAUCCAGGACUACAACUACCCCCAAACCAGCCGGGCCACUCCAAACUAUCCAACUUCUAUGGGAAGUAUGCACUCUGAAAUGCCCCAGGGUCAGCGUCCUUCUCCCCCCACAACCUACGCUGCGGCCCCGCAGCAGUACGCAGAGCAAUAUCACCAGGGUGGCUACCCUUCAACUUCAAGUCCGCCAUACUCAAACGCUCCCUCAUAUCCUUCAAACCAUUCAGGCUUUGCGGCCGGCCAGCCGUACCCUCCCCAACAUAUCCCCUACAGUACUCCAAGCCAACCGUCAGUGACUUCUGAACUCCACCCUUCUUAUACUUACGCCAGCUCUGGCUAUGGCUUCGAGAACGGGAGAAACAAUGCCCCAAGAUACCCUGGCCCUGGAUAUGAUACCGAAUCUGAUUAUUCUCCCGUUACCACCGGAAUUCCUUAUCCUGCUACUACUGCCCCUGACCCACGGAUAGGAAUGGAACCCAGAUACACUCCGGACUCUGGAUAUCCUGACCGAAGUAGGCCGCAACCAGCAAGAGAAAGAGAGGCUCCCCGCCGGACACGGUGAUGAUGCAUCAUUUCAAAGCCCCUUGCGAGCAGCAGGCAUUCGGCUAGUACCAAUGCUUGUGUUUCCUGAACGGAAAAUGCCGCGGGAUUAAUGAAUUUUACGCCACGAAUUUUCUUUGCCGCUCAUACCCUGGAGCCUUUAUGGAUCUCUUUCCUUUUCUGCCUACAGGAA